AAAUGGAUUACGCUCAACAAGAUAACUCAAUUGAACACCCAAAAGAACUGGAAAAUGUCCUGGAUAAAGUUUUGGGUGCCCCAGGUGGCAAAGAGCCUCAAGGAUCUCUCCAUAACUACAAUGAGUACAAUGAGAGGAAGAGCAUAACAGGUAGUGAGAGAAGACUUUCCCAAAGAAGUCAGAUGUCUCUCAGAUCGUCUAGAGCUAGUCAAGCAAUGGAGAAAAAUUCAAGAGGCUCAAGAAGAAGCAUCCGUAGUCAUGUAUCUGGAAGAUCGAAUGCUUCUGUUGGCUCAAGACAUAGCAGAAAAAGCCAGAGAUCGAUCCAGCAAUCAAUAAAUAGUAUUAGAAGAGCUAACUCAAGAGGUUCUCAUAACAUGGUUGCUUCAAAGGCUCCCAAUAAGCUUGCUAAAACAGGAGGUAGCAAUAUCGAAGCUGCUGUGAAGGACGUUACUAAAUUAAGAGCUAGUAUCAACACCAAGCUGAAUACCAUUGCCCAAGACUCAAGAUAUGACAAGUUCUUCAAAAAUGGAGCUUUGUUAUGCUUACCUAGUGUGAACCAGCCAGUCGUCACCGUAGUAGAUCCAGGAAGAAUCACCUUCACUGCUCAGAACGAUGCUCAUUCCAGAGAAUCAAACUUCGGAUAUUCUAGAAAUAAAUUUGGAGGAUUCUACUAAAUAAAAGCAUCCAGGUUUAACAAUCCAAACAAGUCAAUUAUGCCAC